ACUGACAGUAAUAAUUUUCAUUUUCUCUUCUGAUAAUGUAUUGAGUCCGUGAAAUUAAUUAAUUGUUCCAUCAAAAAUAAUAGUUUAGAGUAUAAAACAAAACAAAUAAUUAUUAAAAGAAAGUGGUCAUGUAAUUCGUGGAAGAGAAUUAAAACGAAAAUAGUUCAUCAAAAGAACAAACAAAUAAAAAUUGUAUACAACUACUAUUCGUCUACGUAGACACAAAGCAAAGCAAAGCAAGCAGCCAACAAACACCCUCAUCAGAUACAUUUUACCAAGAACGCUGCUGGCUGCCACCGCUGCUGCGACUGCUGUUUACUACUGACAUUGUACACUGUAUGUGAGUUUGUCGUCUGUCGGAUAAGAAAGAAAAAAGAAGAGCUAGAAAAAAAGUUAGAGCUAAUAAAACGGCAAGAAGAGGCACACGCACACACACACCUUCACGACUACCACACUAAGUACAGAAACAACGAAGACGACCUAAAAAAGAGAAACUCAUUACAUAUUCCAAUCAUGGAUGAUACCAGUAUACAGGACAAGGAACGCUAUGCCAGUCGAGAGAAUCAUUGUGAAAUCGAACGCAGAAGACGGAACAAAAUGACGGCCUACAUUACGGAAUUAUCCGAUAUGGUGCCGACCUGCAGUGCUUUGGCCAGGAAACCGGAUAAGCUGACCAUCCUGAGAAUGGCCGUGGCCCACAUGAAGGCCCUUAGGGGCACGGGCAAUACCAGCAAUGAUGGCACCUAUAAACCAUCAUUCCUCACCGAUCAGGAAUUGAAACAUUUAAUACUGGAGGCAGCCGAUGGUUUCCUUUUCGUUGUAAGUUGUGACUCGGGCAGAAUUAUUUAUGUCUCCGAUUCGGUGACACCUGUAUUGAAUUAUACCCAAAGUGAUUGGUAUGGUACCAGUCUGUAUGAGCACAUACAUCCCGAUGAUCGUGAGAAAAUCCGUGAACAACUUUCCACACAGGAGUCACAGAAUUCGGGCAGGAUAUUGGACCUGAAGUCGGGCACUGUGAAAAAGGAGGGCCAUCAAUCUUCGAUGCGUCUGAGCAUGGGAGCCCGCCGUGGCUUUAUAUGCCGAAUGCGUGUGGGAAAUGUUAAUCCCGAGACUAUGGUGGCCGGUCAUUUGAAUCGUUUGAAACAGCGCAACUCCUUGGGUCCCUCACGCGAUGGCACCAAUUUUGCUGUGGUCCACUGUACGGGUUAUAUUAAAAAUUGGCCACCAACUGAAAUGUUCCCCGGCGUACAUAUGGAACGGCCCGAUGAUGAUAUGCAUGGAUCUCACUGCUGCCUGGUGGCCAUUGGCCGGCUACAGGUUACAUCCACAGCCUCAACAGAUGUCACAAAUGCCAACAAUCAAUCCGAAUUUAUAACCCGUCAUGCGGUGGACGGCAAGUUCACAUUUGUCGAUCAACGGGUGAUGAAUAUUCUGGGUUAUACACCACCCGAGCUGUUGGGUAAAAUAUGCUAUGAUUUCUUCCAUCCCGAAGAUCAGUCACACAUGAAGGAGAGUUUCGAACAGGUGCUGAAACAAAAAGGCCAGAUGUUCUCGUUGAUGUACCGUGCCCGGGCCAAGUCGGGUGAAUAUGUUUGGCUGAGAACUCAAGCCUACGCCUUUCUCAAUCCCUACACCGAUGAGGUGGAGUACAUUGUGUGCACAAAUAGUUCCAAUAAAACAUCGCUGCAUACGGCGACGGGCCAUGAUAACAAUAAUCCGGAACAACAGGAACAUGUCUAUGUAACACCCGGUGUGGAUUACACCCUGCAAGGUAGACGUGAUGUUACACCUGCUGGCACAGCCGCAGAUCCAAAUAUGUAUGCUCCACACAAUAUGAUACCCACCAAUGCUGGUCCGCCUCAUCUGUCACAACAGGCCGCAAAUCAAACACCACAAAAUGUACAAAGACCAUCGUCAGCACAAAAUCCGGUACCCUAUAGCUAUGAUGCCACUCAUUCUCCGUUGGCUUAUAAUACAGCCGCUGGGGGACCAUCUCCCAAUACGGCACACAUGGCAAAGAUACCCAAAGCAAAUUCAUCGCCCACACCCCAACAUCCAAGCAAUUGGCCAUUAAGACCACCGCCACAUCAGCAACAACAGCCCGUGACCGAAGGCUAUCAGUAUCAGCAAACAAGUCCGGCCCGUUCCCCUAGUGGCCCCACUUAUACUCAGCUAAGUGCUGGCAAUGGACGCCAAUCGACGGCAGCAGCCUAUCAGACGGGUCCGGCCCAAGCACCUCCACCACACGGUAUGUGGGAUUGGCAGACGGCUCAACAUGCACCCCACCCAGGUGCUCAUCCCCACCAUGCUGCUACCCAUCCACAUGCCACACAUCCAGUGCAUGCUCAUGUUCCGGGCCAACAACCCCCACAGCAAGGUCAGGAAUUUUCCGAUAUGUUACAGAUGUUGGAUCAAAGUGGAACGGGGACAUUUGAAGAUUUGAACAUAAACAUGUUCAAUACACAAUUCGAAUAGGAAGUAUGCUGGUGCGAGAGGAGAUGAACAAAUGACGUAUUUUAUUGCUAUUUUUUUCUAAAUUAGAUUCAGUAUCAGUAAGGCAGCCCCGAAUAAAACGAAAAUAUUUAGUAUGUAAGUCUCAUCACCCUUUUUUUCUAAAAAGAAAAUAAUCUAUGUAUGUAAAAUGGAAAAAUAUAUAAAAAAAAA